UGUUGUUCUCCUGGCUGACGGGAGCGUGGAGGAGUGUUCGCGUGCCCUGAACGGAGGAGAGAGGGGAGGCGCCGCGUCCGCCACGGCACGCGCAGAACCCAUCAGCGAGCGAGCGGCAGCAGUGGCCGAGGGCUCUAUUGUUACCGCGCGCCCGAGUUAGCGCUCGUUCUCCUUCACUGACAGCCAGCCGGUGGAGAGGAGAGGAAAGGAGAGGAUCAGCCACCUGGACUACCCUUUCGGGACGGACCGGACUACUUCGCCCUUCUGAAAAAGGGACAAAAGAACGUGUGCGCUUCCCUUUCAGUCUGCUGCAUCUCAUUUUUUUGCUCUUCAUCUUUUUUUUUUUUGCUUUCUUUCUGCGACCUUUCCCUGUGUGGAUUUACUGGCCUCGUGAGAGACAUGAGGCUGGACAGCAGGGGUGCAGGGAUGCCCGGUGUUUCCACAGAGGUGCUUCCAUGCCUGUUUAGAGCCGCUCUGCUGCUCUGUGGCAUCUGGGAUGCUCGGGGACAAACUACAGCCACCACAAAGUCAGUGUACGUCUGGGAAACAGGGCCUUGGGGAAGGUGCAUGGGCAGUGAGUGUGGUCCGGGCGGGAGUCAGAGCCGGGCGGUGUGGUGUGCCCAUAUAGAGGGCUGGAGCACCCUCCACACCAACUGCCUGCAGGCAGAGCGACCGGACAACCAGCAGAGCUGCUUUCGCGUGUGCGACUGGCACAAGGAGCUUUACGACUGGAAGCUGGGGGAGUGGGGCGAGUGCGUGCCCGUGUCGCUCAGGACGUCCGGCGGGCAGCGGCCUGCCGUGUGCACGCAGGGCGAGGAGGGCAUCCAGACGCGGGAGGUGGGGUGCGUCCGGAAAGCUAACGGGACGCCCGCCGAGGACGUGAUCUGCGAGUACUUCGAGCCCAAGCCCCGCCUGGAGCAGGCGUGCCUCAUUCCCUGCCCACGGGACUGCGUGGUGUCCGAGUUCUCCCUCUGGACCGCCUGCUCCAAGACCUGCGGGACGGGCCUGCAGAACCGGGCCCGCGCCGUCCUGGCACCGCCGCUCUUUGGCGGCUCGUCCUGCCCCAACCUGACCGAGUUCCGGGCGUGCCAGCCGGGGUCGUGCCAGGGGGAGGAGAGCAUGUACAGCCUGAAGGUGGGGCCCUGGAGCGCCUGCGCUCUCCCCCACGCCAGGCAGGCCCGGCAGGCCAAGCGCAGGAAGAACAAGGAGCGCAACCGCGAGAAGGCCGGGGCCAAGGACCCCGAGACCCGCGAGCUCAUCAAGAAGAAGCGCAACCGGAACCGGCAGAACCGGCAGGAGACCCGCUUCUGGGACCUGCAGAUGGGCUACCAGACCCGCCAGGUCACAUGCAUUCACAGGAGCGGGGAAACCGCAGAGCCCAGCUUGUGCACGCAGCAGACCCUCCCCAUGACGUUCCAGUCCUGCGUCCUCACCAAGGACUGUGAGGUGAGCGAGUGGGCGGACUGGGGACCCUGCUCCAAAGGCUGCCACGACCCCAGUGACCCCAGCGGCGUCCGCUCACGGACACGACGGGUGCAGCAGUUCCCUGUGGGCAGAGGGGCGGAGUGUCCCGAGCUGGAGGAGUCAGAGCCCUGCACCCCACAAGGAGACGGCCUGCCACCCUGCGCCACUUACAGCUGGAGGACUACUGAAUGGAGUGAAUGCAGAGUGGACAUGUUGCUAAGCCAACAGGACCGACGUCGUGGCAACCAGACAGGUCUGUGCGGAGGCGGUGUCCAGAGCAGGGAGGUCUACUGUGUCCAGGCCAAUGCUGAUCUGCUGUCCUACCUCAGCAAUCUCAAGGACAAAGAAGAGGUUCAGCCUCAAACCGAGCAGAAGCCCAGUGUCCCUCCCCUCCUUUCAGUCUCCACUGAAAUUACAGCGUCCUGUCCAGUGGACAAGAAGCUCUGCCAGGGUGUGGUCCCAAACACUACACAGCUGUGCCACAUCGCCUGUCCCAUUGAGUGUGAGGUGUCCUCCUGGAGUGCCUGGGGUCCCUGCACCUUCGAAAACUGUGAGGAGCAAGUCGGAAAGAAGGGCUUCAAGCUGAGGAAACGGAGCAUUAAAAACACCCCUACUGGUGGAAUGGGGAACUGCCCCCAUCUGGUGGAGGCCAUACCCUGUGAUGACCCAAGCUGCUAUGAGUGGCAGCUAGUCAAGCUGGAGGAGUGUGUCCCGGACGGUGAAAAGGAAUGCGGGUCUGGGACACAAGUCCCGCAGGUCCGGUGCAUUAACAGUGACGGCAACUCGGUGGACAGACAGCUGUGCCAGGAUGCCAUCUACCCUGUCCCCAUUGCCUGUGAGGUGCCCUGCCCUAAAGACUGUGUCCUUAGCUCUUGGUCAUCCUGGUCCUUGUGCUCCCACACCUGUUCCGGCAAGACCACCGAGGGGAAACAGAUGAGAGCGCGAUCCAUCCUGGCAUACAGCGCUGGAGAAGGGGGACUUCAGUGUCCAAACAGCAGUGCCCUGCAGGAGGUGCGGAACUGUAACGACCACCCCUGCACGGUCUAUCACUGGCAGACAGGCUCCUGGGGCCAGUGCAUCGAGGACACCUCUACCACCGCUAGCAACGCCACGGCCAAGGGGACCGGCGACUCCUGCUCCGUUGGCAUGCAAACCCGCAAGGUCAUCUGUGUCCGGGUCAACGUCGGACAGGUGCCUCCCAAAAAGUGCCCGGAGAGUCUUCGCCCUGAAACGGUACGGUCCUGUCUUCUGCCGUGUAAGAGGGACUGCAUCGUAACCCCCUUCAGCGACUGGACCCCGUGUCCCUCCACCUGCCAAACAGGUGGGAACGUGAAAAAGAAACAGUCUCGGAAUCGCAUCAUUAUCCAGCUACCAGCCAAUGGGGGACAGGACUGCCCUGAGGUGCUGUACGAAGAGAAAGAGUGCGAGUCCCCAUCAGUUUGUCUUGGACACCGUUGGAGGACACACAAGUGGCGCCGGUGCCAGCUUGUACCAUGGCAUAUUCGUCAGGACAGCCCAGGGGCCCAAGAGACAUGUGGACCAGGCCUCCAAACACGAGCCAUCUCAUGUCGGAAGCAGGAUGGCGUGCAGGCAGACAUUGCAGAGUGCCUGAAGUUGGCCACUUUAAUGCCCCCCAUCACCCAGCCUUGCCAAAUCCUCUGCCAGGACGACUGCCAGCUCUCCAGCUGGUCAAAGUUCUCGGCCUGCGCAUCAGACUGCUCAGCAGUCCGAACCCGAAAGAGGGUGCUUGUGGGCAAGAGCAAGAAAAGGGACAUGUGUAAGAACACCCAGGUCUACCCCCUGAGUGAGACGCAGUACUGCCCCUGUGACAAGUACAAAGCCCAACCUGUGGGCGACUGGUCCGACUGCAUCCUUCCUGAGGGCAGAGUGGAGGGCAUUCUGGGAAUGAAGGUCCAGGGUGACAUCAAGGAGUGCGGUCAGGGCUACCGCUAUCAGGCUGUGGCGUGCUACGACCAGAAUGGCCGCCUCGUGGAGACAUCACGGUGCAACAGCCACGGAUACAUUGAGGAAGCGUGCAUUAUCCCCUGUCCUUCAGACUGUAAGCUGAGUGAGUGGUCCAACUGGUCGCGCUGCACUAAAUCAUGUGGCAGUGGGGUCAAGGUCCGGUCCAAGUGGCUUCGAGAGAAACCGUACAAUGGUGGACGACCCUGUCCCAAACUCGACCAUGUCAAUCAGGCCCAGGUGUAUGAGAUGGUGCCAUGUGUUAGUGACUGCAGUCAGUACGUUUGGGUGGCUGAGCCCUGGAGCGUCUGGAAGGUCAGUAAUGUGGACCUGAAGGAGAACUGCGGAGAGGGCGUGCAGACCAGAAAAGUAAGGUGUAUGCUGAACACCAUUGAUGGACCCUCUGAUGCGGUUGAGGAUUACCUGUGCGACCCGGAGGAGAUGCCGCUCGGUGCUCAGGAGAGCCAGUUGCCAUGUCCGGAGGACUGCGUUCUGUCCGACUGGGGUUCCUGGAGCCGAUGCAGCCUGCCAUGCAAUGAGAAGAGCAGUCGAGAAAGGACAGCGUACGUCGUCCGCCAGCCUGGAAUAGGAAAAGAGUGCCCAGCCACCACACAGACCGAAGCAUGUAGCCUGAAUAAGAACUGUUACCACUACACCUAUAACAUCACAGAUUGGAGCACCUGCCAGCUGAGUGAAAAAGCCAUCUGCGGGAACGGCUUCAAGACCCGCAUGUUGGACUGUGUGCGCAGUGAUGGCAAGUCUGUCGACCUCAAGUACUGUGAGGAGCUGGGACUGGAGAAGAAGUGGCAGAUGAACACGUCCUGCACGGUGGAGUGCCCCGUCAACUGCCAGCUGUCCGACUGGUCACCCUGGUCCCAGUGCUCACACACCUGUGGGCUCAUAGGGACGAUGGGGCGAAAGAGGGCGGUGAUCCAGGCCUCCCAGGGGGAUGGGAGGCCCUGCCCCGUGCAGAUGGAGCAGCGGAAGCCCUGUCCCGUCCGGCCCUGCUACAGAUGGCAGUACAGCCGGUGGUCAGAUUGCAUGGUGGAGGGCGCCAGGUGUGGUGAGGGCCUUCGUUUCCGGAACAUUUCGUGCUUUGUGGCGGAUGGCUCCAGGGACAGUGAGGGAAGCAUGGUGGACGAGGAGCUCUGUGGGGAUCUGGAGCCAUCCGUGGAUGGAGACAAACAGGUCAACCUGGAGGAAGCCUGUACUCUGCCCUGCCCAGGUGACUGCUACCUGAAUGACUGGACAGCGUGGAGCCCGUGCCAGACCAGCUGUGUGAAAGGGGUAGAUCUGGGACUCGGUUCUGUCCAGGUCCGGUCCCGGGCCGUCGUUGUUCAGGAGCCAGAGAACCUGCAGCAGUGUCCAGAGCAGGAGUGGGAGUCUCGGCCCUGCACUGAUGGGGAGUGUUUCGAGUACGAGUGGAUGAACAGUGCGUGGAGAGGGUCCUCUCGCCUGGUCUGGUGCCAGCGCUCCGAUGGAUUAAACGUCACAGGUGGCUGCCCUCUCACCAACCAGCCGAUGUCAGACAGGUCAUGUGACCCACCGUGCGAGAAACCACAGUCCUACUGCUCUGAGGCCGGCGUGUGUGUGUGUGAGGAGGGCUUCACGGAGGUGAUGACAUCAGAUGGGGUGCUGGACCAGUGCACGCUGAUACCCGUGCUGGAGAUCCCCACCGCUGGCGACAAAAAGGCUGACGUCAAGACGAGCCGAGCCAUUAACCCGACUCAGCCAACCACAAGUCAGCCCGGCCGGUCAGGGCGGACCUGGUUUCUGCAGCCUUUUGGACCGGAUGGUAAACUGAAGACAUGGGUGUACGGGGUGGCUGCAGGGGCUUUUGUGCUCAUCAUUUUCAUAGUCUCCAUGAUCUACCUUGCUUGCAAAAAGCCAAAGAAACCACAGAGGAGACAAAACAACCGACUGAAGCCUCUUACCCUGGCCUAUGAUGGCGAUGCUGACAUGUAAACCACAGGGAGGGGCUGGGGCCAUGGACACCCAGUUCACCUGUCACUGGAGUAUCUUAUCUUCAUCCUAUUAGCAUCGCCUGCUGCGGUGUUAUCUGGAACCGGGAAAAGAUGGCCGACUUUCAUUCUAAUGGAACACAACACCUCAAAAGCAAAGUGGGAUAAGGAAAAUGCUUCACAAAAAAGCCAAGCUGGAGUAUAGCAAGCCCAUGCUUACCGGGAGCCUGUUUAUUUUUUUCCUUUCAUUAUUCCUUUAAUAUUCUGUUGCACGAGAGCCUUUACAAACUUUUCAGACUAAAGGGAAUCUGCCUUUACUUUCCUCUUCUUUAUUUUGCUGUAAUGUGAACUGCUUUCAAAGUGAAGGCUGCUGCAGGGAGUCAAACAAACAUAUUUAUUUACUUUUCAGGAGGUCCUUCGUUUUCUGCUGGUGUUUCUCCACAGUGAAAGGCCGCAGAGGGUUGAAUGCUCGCUGGGCUAGGAUAGGGGUACACAUUGCCAAAAGUCACCCAGGAGAUGAGAAGGGCCUUAUGGCAAUCAAACUCCAGCCACUGGACUUGACGUGCAUUAAAAAAAUUAACAAUUGAAGAAUAUUAAAAACAGAACACUCCAAGACCCAGUUCUUUUCUUCUAUUCAUUGUCCCUGCGGUAUCCAUUCUUUGGAAGAUGAAAAAUGUACAAAUCUUGAACGCUGUCAAUCUUUACUGAAACGUUUGCCUGCCUCCCUGUUUUUCAUUUCAGGCACAAUCUUUGCACUAUAUUAGUGCAGCAUGAUAUGCACUUAUAUCUAGUAUUGCCAUAGAAAACUGCCUCUCUCAAAACAGGAUGAUGUACAGUCAUGCUAGACGUGUAUAAAAAGUAGACUUUUUCAUGGAACGCAUCAAUAUUUAUUGACAGUGACUGGAAAUGAAUUGUGAUAAAUUACAUUGUGUGACAGGAUGGGAUUCAGUGUAAAUAUGUAUAUAUCUGAAAAAAGUUCUUGUCACAACACCAUUUUUUAAACGCCAGUAACUUUUUGUGGUCUGUAAAGUUGAAGUCUGAUGAGUGUCUUGUUUUCUGCCCGACUGACUUGUUUCUUAUACUGUGAUUUUGAAGGCUGUUUACAAUUUCUUGUUUUAUACAGUAUUUGUUUUUUUUCCUCCACUGAUGACAAUAACACAGACAAAUGAGUAGCCCGUUGUUCUUCCAUAUUUAAAAAAAAAUAUUUUGAUAAAGUACAUCCAAAUCAUGUGACAAACCUUCAACAAACAAUCUACGAACAGCACUAUGUGGAGUGACAUGGCUUCACACAACAACCAAUAUAUAAUCUGCCUUAUUGUCCUUACUGGAAAAAUGUCAUAAUUGCUCUUCAACUCAAAACUCCCUGCGAUGAUUGUUUAAAAAAAAAAAGUAUUUAUUUGUUCAGCUGAUGCCCUUAUCGAAGGUAGCUUGUGGUGCUGAUAUAGUAUGUGUUUAUACAGCUGGGAAGUUUUCUGAAACUUAAGUACCUUGUUCAAAGUGUACAUCCAUACUACUCCAUGUGGGAUUCAGACAAGCUACCUAGUUCCUUUACCACUAUACCACACUGCCACAGUUUAAUACAUUUGUUGCCACUUUCCUGUGUAUAAACUAAUGUAUUCUCAUAAUAAUAUACAAAAGGUAAUUGGUUGUCUAGCAGAUUAUCGGGUGCAGUCUAAUGGGAAAUCGCAGAACACAUACAAUACAAAUAUGCAUCUCAUUCUUUGAUUCGCUAAUCUAUCACCCAUUCAUUUCAUAGUAGCAGUUUGGCUUUAAAUAAUAGUGUGAAUGUAAGAAGGCACUAUGCUUUGUUGCUCACAUGUCACAUUAUGUUAUGAAAGCUCCUGACUGAUUGAAAAUGGUGGCAAUGCCAGAAAACAACAACUGCUUAUUCUUUUGAGGCCAUUCCCUUUUGGGAGCACUGUCAUAGGCCUUAGUUCAGCAGCUUGCCUAAUUAACAAGUGUCAGAGGUUAUUUUUCAGAAGUGUGCUGUAAACUCCUCAGUUUUGUUAAUAGAAUAAUUCUCAAAAAUGAUUCUCAAAUCAAUCUAGAUUGGAGUACAAUUCCACCAGAACCGAAACACUAGUCCAUACACUAGUAUUUAUAAUUCACAAAUUGAUACAUUUUUGAAUAUUCAUAUUUUUCAUUUAAUAUUUCAUUUUAAUGUUACUAUAAAAUACUAUUCAAUUAUAGCAGACAAUGAAAUGUGCCCAUGUUAACUCAGAUUCUCUUUUGGGUUAGGAAGUGUGGAGACUGACCCAUUAAGAGUGGUUGUUAAUGAGAUGAUGCGGAGAAGAGGUGUUAUGUCCUGUUAAUCCAGUUAACCCCUAUGCCAUAACAUCACACGCACUCACACCCUCCAUCCCUGAUAAAGGAUAAACCCUCCCACUCCAAUGCCCACACCCACCGCACACAGUAUGCCAAUGUGUGGCUGCAGGUCUGGGGAACAAAUCCUGUUUUAGAUAUGCACUAUUAGGCUGUCCUUCCCAAUUGGACAAAGCAAUCAAUGCAAGGGAACGGCAGAUUGUGUGCAGAGGUUGCUGUGCAUACUGAUCAAAGUUAGGGGCAGACGAUUCACCUAAAGUGUUUUACAUGUAUUCUUUAACAGAUGUAUCUGCCAACACCCAAUCCCCCACCACCCUUGUUUUCUUUCCCUAAAUUCAAGCUGCUGUUUAAAAAGAGCUCAUCUUCACCAGCCUUUGGAGUUAGUUUUGAGGUCAGCUGGUGUAAGGAAUGUUAACUUUUUUUUUUUUGGGUUAUUUUUGAGUUGUAAAUAACUGCAAACUGUAUUUUUAUUUUUUGAAUUACAUAUGAUAUAUAUUUCUUUUGUAUGGCACUGAAGCAUUUAGUACAAACCUCUCCAGGUGCGUGUGCGUGUGCGUGAUGUUACUGAUCUUUGUUCAGGUAAUGCAGAUUAUGUGUGGAAAAAAGAGGUACAGAAACAAGGCUCUGUCAUUUUUUGUACAGGUUGUUUAUAUGUAUCUGAUGAAUUGCUGAUAAUAAAUGAAGAAAAGGAU